GCGCUGUAAAUCCUGGAUCCUCCAUCCCCAGGGCUGGGUGCCGAGGAGCUGUCUGAUGCUUCCCGGCCACGCUGAUGCUGCUCUGCCAGAAGAGAGAUGGGGAAAAGAUACUUCUGUGACUACUGUGACAGGUCCUUCCAGGACAACCUUCACAACAGGAAGAAGCAUCUCAAUGGAGUGCAGCAUCUCAGGGCUAAGAGAGCCUGGUACGACUUAUUCCGAGAUGCUGCUGCUAUCCUGCAAGAGGAGCAAACCAAGAAGCCUUGUCGGAAGUUUCUGCAAACAGGACAGUGUGACUUUGGGUCCAGCUGCAGGUUUUCCCACAUGACAGAGCAGGACCUGGAGAAGCUGAGUGCCCAGGUUCAAGGGGAGCAGAGAUCGAAGGAGCUGCAGCAGGAGGGAGCAGAUGUCCCACCUGGCACCAUUGAGGACUGGCUGGAGAAGAGAGCAAAGAGACUGAGCGCUGCGCAGAGCAACAGUGUGCCUCAUCCUGCUCCCCACCACACUGCUGCUGCAGGGCUCCUCCUGCCCGAGAGGGCCUUGGCUUGUGUCCUGGCACCCUGCUCUCUUCCUCAGCCCGGAAAACACCCCAUCAAGGGGAUAAGGAUUACAACAAAUGACUUGGCUCCGUGUUAGCUGCCUAGAAAACACUGCACUCAACUUGUGCAGCUGGCUCCUGGCCACAUCACCGGCCCUGCAGGGAGAGGAGGGUGCUGCUCCUCCAGAGCGUUAUGUAAAGGAGAUUCAUGUCCUGGCAUAACAAUUAAAAAGAUUCAUCAGGAUCAGAGGCCUGAGAAGCUGGAAGGCCCCUGCCAGGGCUUGUCCUGAGGAGCAGAUGAGUUCCCUGCACUCAGGAAUUGAUGGAAAAGGUGUGUUUGCCAUGAAUUCCAAGCUGCCCCAGCCAAGCUCUUUCUUCAGCUGGGGACAAGGGAAGGAUGCUCCUUGCUUUGCACUUCUUCAGUGAGGUGUGUUCUUUGCAGUGACCUCAACCAGUAAACCUGAGAGAAGGACCUAAAGUGUUUCCCAGGCUGUGAGCUGGAGGAGGAAGCCUCUUCCCUCUGCUGAAGGGUGCUUCUGUGCAAACACCCAUCGCUUUGGCAGCUUCUCCGCUUCCGAGCGCUCCUUGUCCUUUGGGAAGCGCACAGCUGGCUUUGGGAUGCAGCCUGCUGGGAAAGGAACAUCUGGUGCUGGGUGUGCUCCUCGAACCCAGCUGUGUGAGGAGAGCUGGGGGCAGGAGGGGACAGGGAGCCCCAGGGCUGGGGCUGGCGGGGGGGUACAGGGAAGCUCAGCCCCAAAGCA